GGGACGGACCUGGAGAUGGUUUUUAGGUGCGCGCGGGUGGCUCGUCCUCGUCCUAACGCACGGGCACCGUCAAUGUGAAGGAUCUGCGUAUGGAUUUGGGAUUUUUGAAGUCUCCGACCCUGCAAUGUCUGAGGAUUGGAAAUGCAGCUCCACGCCUGCCUGUUGCUUUUUAUCAUCACAACAGAUAAAACAUUGGCCUUGCCGGACCACCCCUGUGGGGGACAUGUCGCCCUGGGCAAGCAGCCCGCUGGUCUCGUCCACCUCUCCUCACCUGGACCUUCUACCGCCGCCGACCACCGGUCUCCGGCGGUGUCGGCCUGCACCUGGACCAUCGGCGUCCCCCCGGGCCGCAGGGUGCUGUUGACGUUGGUGCGGUCGGACGGGGGUUCGGGCGCAGUGAGCUGCGCCGCGGGCGAGGGGAGCCGGGUCCUGGAGAGCGGGGGCACGGUUGUGCUCUCGGGCUGCGAUGGACACGAAGCCACCUUCACUCUGACGGGAGCCGGACGCCCCUCAAGCGGAGUUCAGCUGUCCUAUUAUGUCCAGGAAGAUGAGAGGAACUCCUCGGGGGACCGCACCGGCCCCGGUUCGGACCGAGACCUCCGUCCUUGGUCUCCGACAGGAGCCAGCUUCACAGGCGCCUCUCCCGUGGGUCAACGCGUGGCGAGAGGGACGGACGGGGGUCGCCUCUUUGAAGGCCCGCGGGGGAGCCCUGGGCUCAGUCCCUCCUCCCGGGACGAGGGGCCGCUGCACCCCACCCCUCCCCCGCGGGGGCCCACCUUGCCUGGGAGAGCCGAUAGGGAAACUCUCCCCCUUCCUGAGGAAGCACCGAACAAUGGAGCGGAUACAUCUGGAGCCGCUCGCCGCGGCGAUGGAAAAAUGGCUGCCGCGGGCAGAGCGCGACCCGGUUUCCAGCGUGCGGACCCGCUGUCUGGCACAGCGAACACGCGGAGCGGAUCGAGCCACCAGCUCGCUACCUCCAGAGCCGUGCUCGGCAUGUAUGUCCAGAAAUACACAGCCGGCGUCCACCUUCUUGGCUCUGCUUGGCCUCCCGGGGCCACCUGGGAGGGCGGGGCUUCUGGGUUAGGGUUAGGGCAUUCCUGGAGGACCCGUCAAAGCACAGACACAGAUCUGACCUCCGCCGUCACCUCCGGUCCUCGGGAACCCCCCGGCGAGUUUCGGCAGGGUGACUCACGGGCCGACGCCGCGCCCACAACGUCAUCGGGGCGGGCCCCCGUCGCAGAGCUUGAAACCGAGGCCGUUUCGUUUCACCCGAACGCGAGGGGAACGGACUCGUCGGCCGCGCCCGAGGUCGCCCGUCAGAGCGCCGCGGUCGAGUCCUCUGACGAGCUUGCGACGCUUCGCACUUUCACGGGAUCCACGGGGAGCCGAACGAACCCUCCGCAGAGCACCGGGGGACCUGCGCCAGACGUGGUGGCGGCGGCCCAGACCUCGGCCCCCUCGGGAACGACUGGUGGCGCUGGAGCGCCCACGCUUCCGCCCACCUACACACUCUUGCGCGACAGGUGGCCCGCCAAUCCCCUUUUCCCUGCUUCCACGCGGCCAUCGACUGCGUUACCUGGUCAUUCCCAUUUGACUCACGCGCCCUUUGCCCUGCCCUCCUCCGCUGAACCACCCACACUUAAUACGCAGGACCGUGUACCUUGGACGUUUUCUACCACGUCCCCGGUUAGGCUUGAACAGCCCCGCAACCUUAUUCCCACUGCACCCACGUCUGUGCUCUCACCCCCAACGGCAAGAACACAUUCUGGGCAUGGAGGUGAAGAGGUAGAGGAAGUGGAGAGAGAGGGUGAUUCUCCAAGCGUCAGGACCACAUCAACCCCCACGACCGGGCCUUCAUCUACGGGGCCUCCAUCACCUGGGCCUCCAUCAACUGGGCCUUCAUCCAUGUGGCCUUCAUCCACCGGGCCCCCAUCGACCGGGCCCCCAUCGACCAGGCCUCCAUCCACGUGGCCUCCAUCCACAUGGCCUUCAUCCACUGGGCCCCCAUCGACAGGGCCUCCAUCGACCGGGCCUUCAUCCACCGGGCCUUCAUCCACCAGGCCUCCAUCGACCAGGCCUCCAUCAACGGGGCCUCCAUCAACGGGGCCUCCAUCAACGGGGCCUCCAUCGACCAGGCCUCCAUCAACGGGGCCUCCAUCAACGGGGCCUCCAUCGACCAGGCCUCCAUCCACGUGGCCUUCAUCCACCGGGCCUCCAUCGACAGGGCCUCCAUCGACCGGGCCUUCAUCCACCGGGCCUUCAUCCACCAGGCCUCCAUCGACCAGGCCUCCAUCAACGGGGCCUCUAUCGACCAGGCCUCCAUCAACGGGGCCUCCAUCAACGGGGCCUCCAUCAACCGGGCCUCCAUCCACCAGGCCUCCAUCGACCAGGCCUCCAUCAACGGGGCCUCCAUCAACGGGGCCUCCAUCGACCAGGCCUCCAUCGACCGGGCCUUCAUCCACCGGGCCUUCAUCCACCGGGCCUCCAUCGUGGACCGCCUCACAUCCCGGCCAGGAGCCCCGCUCCACACUCACGCCUCCUGCUUUAACCUUCGCCUGGAGCCACGCGGCCACUCAGACGCCCGACUUCUACAUGGUGCCAGACCAACCUGCAGCCAUCAGAGUGGAGUCGGUUGAGCUGCUGUUGCAGAUUGUUGUGGAAGACUCCAGAUCGGCUUUCGCUUCUGGUUUGGAGGAAGACGCCGCUGCCUGGGUGGAGCUGUACCUUCGGAAGGCCCCAGGGUUCAGCGAGCUGCUGGGAGUCUGGAGCAGUGGCCAUGCGGUGCAGAGCCUGGUGAGGUUCAGAACCAGCGGGGCCCUGCGGUGGCUCGGCGCCGCCGGACCCGCCUCACUGCUGGAACGAACAGGACUCGCUCAGGCCGCGCGCGAGGGGAGGAGCUUCCACUCGUCGAAGAUCACCAACAUCACGCUGGGAGGUGUGCAGGGAGACGUGUGCGACUGGUUACUGCAGUGCCCGGAAGGCUACGAGUGUGUGUUUAGUCCUGGCACCGCAAACUACAGCUGCUCUUCCCGCUGCCACUUUGACUACUGCCAUCACCGCGGCAUCUGCACUCACCACCCGGGCCAGCUGCCGGUUUGCCGCUGCCUCGUAGGAGAGGACUUCUGGUUCAUGGGUCGGCGGUGCGACGUGAGGAUGACUCGAGCGCGGCUCGUGGGCGCGUGCCUCGCCGUCUUGCUCGUCAUGGUGGCGCUGAUCGGCGUUUUGGCCCUUGUGGCGGUGCGGCGCUACCGAGCCAUUCUGAUCCAGGCCAAAGUGGACCAGACUCGGAGCAGCUAUCGCAGGUUCAACCAUUUCGACGAGCUGUCGGGGCGGUUCUGGUUGCGUUCGUGGGCAGGCUCGGCCGACUCGCUGGAUAAUCCCGCCUUCACGCGCUCCGACGAGCUACUGCACCUGCGGGCGCUCGACCGCCCCUGCUGUUACCACGACGACACGCUGUCGCUGGCCUCCACCUGCCCCAGCCACGGGGCUCGCAUCAAUACGAUCUACCCACACAGCUCUCAGUACGGGUGGAGGGGAAGCGAGGUGAGCAUGGCCGACGGAGUGCUGGACUCGGGUAAGGCCAGCGACCUCUCUGUCUGCAGCUGGCCCGUGGAACCCAUUCAGUGGACCCCCUUCCCGCUCCUGCAGCAGCUGGCCUCCCACAGGACCCCCGCCGCGAGGGUGUCGAGGCCUCGGUCCUACUGUGAAGGCAUGGAGCUGGCGGACCUGGGGAAGAGCUGGACUGCCUGACGCACACACACACAGAGAGGAAUCCAAGCAACAGUCGCCCCCCCCCCCCGGUGUGUUUUAAGCGCUCUGGCUCUUAUGAAAACUGUAAAAAAAAUAAUAAGUGUAAAUGUGUAUAUAAAUGUAUAUGAUGUUAGUAUUCCAGUUCCGUUUCUUACCCCUCUGAUGAGAUGAUAUAAUGUAGAAUAGAAUGUAAAAGAGAGAAGAACAACGUGUGUGUGUGUCUUAAUGUGAGUCUUAUCUCAUGCUUUAACAAACAUAAACCCUCCUCCGGGGCCAGAAUAAAUGCACUUCCUGUGUUCCGUUUGUCAAUUAAAAAUGGGAGUGCUUUAAAACACACAGAGCUUUGCACUCUGAGGUUAUUGUUUAGAAAUGGCAGUUUAGAUGCGUUGCACAAAUGCACAUCAUCACACACAUGCAGUUAAAACCUUUUUUCAUAAUGCAGCACAACACAAACUAUUAAAGGGUAAACAAGAGAUUGUUUUACCCCCCCCCCCUCUUCCUCCUGUGGUGUGAAGUAUAAUCCCUGAAAAUACCAAUAUAAAUUAGAUUUACUGUCCCUUUUUCAUAUAUCUAAUAAAAAGUUCUAAGAAAUAUUCUCAUUGAUAUUUAGUCUGAUGAAAGAGAAUAACAGUCCAAAAAGUUUAAGCACACAAAGCCAACCACAUAAUAUAACAUUACAUUAGUAAGUAAUGAAAGAAAAUGACCAAAGACAAAAAUAAAUGUUACAAAGUUCUUGGUAAUUGGUGACUUUGGGAGCCUUCAGACCUUCUAGUGUCACAUGUCCAUGGAAAAAGGAAGUGCAAACAGGAUUUCCUGCAUGUGAGAGGUGAUCAAUUAUUAAAGUAGAAGACCACGCUUUCACAGAAAAACAGUGAAAUGUGAAUUUUUGUGGUUCUAUCCUUUAGUGAAAUGUAUAGAAGGCAUUGUAUGUCAUCACUCUAUGACAUGGUUCACACUAUUUGGGGCUUAUUAACUAAAUGUUGCUUUACUAUAUGGACUCUGGGAAUGGUUAACAGAAACCAAUACAACAGACUGCUGGCUGGUUAAAGACAUUCACAAGUGUAUUUUGGAAUAAAUCACAGCAAAGUGGAUCUGUUCAGUGACACAGUGAGAGUCACACAGACACACACUCACAUGCCACACCUCCGCUUAAUGCUGUGUAUUGAACAUCAGCUGGAAUGUGAUGCCAUAAAUGACGAUUAAAGGGUGAAACGGGCAAACAUGCACAAUGCAUUGCACUCCCACGCCUGUGUCAUAUUGAAAGUAAGAAAGUAGUGACUGAGUUGGGCAGAGAAGAAAUGUGGAAGGAAGGGCAGUGAGUGUGCGUUUAAUGGAGAGAGAGAGAGAGAGAGAGAGAGAGAGCGCUAGAGAUAGGGACGAGUGAUAGAUUUGACAGAAGCUACCUGCUAGCUUCUUCCAUAUACGGUGUUAGUCAGAGCCAAGAGCCGGGCCUGUGGAUUUCUCUGACUGUGUGAGUGAGCAAUGCAGGGAGGGUCUAUGUCUAUGUGUGUGUGUGUGUGUGUGUGUGUGUUGUAAUGCAUGCAUGAGUCAGGCACGCUACCAAAUUAUGAAACCGCUUGAAGAAAGAUAUGAGAAAAAACAUUGAGAAAUAUCUGUCAGGGAGGAGUCAGUGAAUACAAAGUUCAAAAAUGCUUUUUUUUUUAAAUGUUUUGUUUUCUACAUUUCUCUACAUAUCAAUCUCUGAGGAAGGAAGGAAACAGAAAUCCAACCUAAAGCAACAUGCACACUCAUCCACACCCAUCUAUAUACAUGCAGCCUUAAAAAGGGAGAUUCAUUCAUUUCCUCAGUCUGGUCACAUGACCCGAGCAGUGCAUUCUUCCCCCCCCAUGUGACAAGCUCCAAUAUCUCCUUAUAUGGAUGUCAUCCAAAGGAACUCUUAAAGGGAUGGUUGUCCUGCCCUGGGUCUAUACUUGGUGUGUGUGUGUGUGUGCGUGCGUUUAGUCUAGAAAAGGAUAAUGCCACUUUGAAAAGCCAAUUCCCUAAUUAGAUAAUGCAACCCCCCCCCCCCACCCCAAUGCCCCCC